UGAACCGGAAGUGGUGUCGUCCAAAUAUGGCUGCCUCUAUGUUUCGACGCUGCCUUAUUGACGCUGUCAAAGUUAAACGUUUAUCACCCUCUUUUUCAGCAAAAAGAUGGUUACUUUCAACAGCAUAUUCAGACACCAAAGCAUGGGAGGCAAGAGAGAAGGAACCUAAGAAUUUGGCUGUGCUGGCCAACAAUAUGGACAGAACAUACGAGAGGAAUUUUCCAGUCAGCUCCCUAAUGAUGUCACAGUUCAUAGACAAUAUAUCAUGCAGCGAAGAGGUUGCUCAAGCAGAGUACUACCUUUACAAGUUUCGUCACAGUCCAAACUGUUGGUACCUUCGAGACUGGACUAUUCACAGCUGGAUCAGACAGUGUCUAAAAUAUGGCGCCAGAGAUAAGGCCCUGUACACACUUAAGAACAAGGUCCACUAUGGAAUCUUCCCAGAUAAUUUCACCUUCAACCUGCUUUUAGAUUCUUACCUGAAGGAUGAGGACCUAAAAAGUGCGUGUUCUGUGGUGGAAGAGGUGAUGCUCCAGGAGGCCUUUGACAUUUCCUCCACCCAGAUCCUGUCGCUGUACGCUCUUGGCAGUUACCUAGCAACCACACCACAACUCACUGUAUCAGAGGAGAAAGCAUUUGGAGCAUCGCUGCUCAUCUGUGGCCUCAAACAAGACAACAGCAUCGGCCUCACUGCUCAGCUGCUGGGAAACACUCUGCUAGGCAAGGUGGAGCUGCAGAAGGGCAUUUUUGCUGUGUUCAAAGGUAUGCCUCUUCUCUGGACACGUGGAUAUUUUGGUCGAGCUCUGGCUGUCAUGGAGAGUGUUGCCGCAUCGCCUGGUGAGGUUAAACUGCCCAAAGACUCGUUGGAUUUUGUGAAUGACACGCUGCAACAACUGUCUUCAACGUCUUCUGACUCUUCUGGAGAAGAGUCCGACAAGGAGGAAGAGCAGAAAGUGGAAAUGGUUGAUGAAGAAGACCAGGCAGAAAUGGAUCGACUAUCCGAGUAUGAGAGCAGAUUCAAAGAGUUGAUCGGUCAGCUGGAAGCUCAUGGAAAAGUUGACUCUGAGGCCAGCUUUCAGUCAUUGGUGACCACUCUGGCCAAGCAGCAGCUGUCCUCCACCGAGAAACCAGACCUGGAUACGUACGAGAGUCUACUGUCGACCUGGGAGGCCGAGAGGAGGAUGCUGAUCCAGAGGGAGCAGGAAAUGUGGCGAAAAGCAGAUGAGGAGAAUCGUCAGCGGCUGAUUGCCAGGGCAGACCUGUAGCAGGCACAAUAAAAGUUUAACUUCUAUAACCUGUUAUGUAUUAAUGUAUUUGUGUGUUUUUAUAAUUAUUGUGGGCUAGAAUUAAAAAAAAUAGUGGUUUCAA